AUGGAUCGUAGUUGGAUGAGAGCUAAUCGAUUAAGUGAUGAGUUUGAUAAUGGAGUGGUUGAAUUUCUAGAAUUUGCUGAAAAGAAUCUUCCGAACAAUAAGGGACUCUUUCCAUGUCCUUGUGUUUCUUGUGGGAACCGGGACCCAAAACUUACUAAGGAUGAAAUAAGGGACCAUCUAGCUUGGAGAGGGAUUUGUCAAAAUUAUACACAAUGGAUAUGGCAUGGUGAAGUAGUAAUGCCAAGUGUAUCACAAAGAGAGAAAGUAUGUGUAGAUAUGGAUGAUCGGCUGGAAGACAUGAUACAUGAUAUUGGAGAAGAAUCAUUUAAGAGAGCGCAUGUGUAUGAUACUUUAUGUAAAGACAAGGAAGAACCUUUGUACCCGGGAUGCACAAACUUUACACGGUUGUCAGCUGUGUUAAGAUUGUUUAAUUUGAAGGCGAAAAAUGGAUGGAGUGAUAAAAGUUUCACUGAUUUGCUUGGAUUGUUGAAAGAAAUGCUUCCAGAAGGUAACACAAUGCCGAAUCGUCAUUAUGAAGCCAAGAAAGUAUUGUGUCCGAUGGGCAUGGAGUAUGAAAAAAUACAUGCAUGCCCUAAUGAUUGCAUCUUAUACAGAAAAGAGUUUGAAAACUAUGAUCAUUGUCCGAAGUGCAAGGCGUCACGCUACAAAAAGAAAGAUGGUGAUUCCAGUGAUGAUGUGAGCACAAAGGGUCCUCCUGCAAAAGUGUUAUGGUACCUACCAAUAAUUUCAAGGUUCAAGAGAUUGUUCUCUAAUGCAAAUGACGCAAAGAACCUUAGAUGGCAUGCAGAAGAGAGAAAUGAAGAUGGAAAAAUUCGCCAUGUAGCUGAUUCUUUGCAAUGGAAGAAAAUUGAUUUGAAGUUUCAAAGUUUUGGAAAAGAGUCGAGAAACCUUAGACUUGGACUUGCUACCGAUGGAAUGAAUCCGUAUGGUAGUCUAAGUUGUAACCAUAGUUCAUGGCCUGUUCUCUUGAUAAUUUACAACCUAUCUCCUUUGUUGUGCAUGAAGCGUAAAUAUAUGAUGUUAUCUAUGAUGAUUCCGGGCCCAAAACAACCAGGAAACGACAUAGAUGUUUAUCUAAGUCCAUUGAUUGAUGAUUUAAGAUUGUUGUGGGAGCAAGGAGUUGAUGUUCUUGAUGCGUAUUCUGGUGAGCAUUUCAAUAUGCGUGCCAUGUUGUUUUGGACCAUCAAUGACUUUCCGGCAUACGGUAAUUUGUCUGGUUACAGCGUUAAAGGGCAUAAAGCGUGUCCUAUAUGUGAGAAAGAUACAAGUUACCAUCAGCUUAAUCAUGGAAGGAAGACCGUUUAUCUUGGGCAUCGGAAAUUUGUAGACCGUCAUCAUCCAUAUCGUAAAUUGAAGAAAGCUUUCAACGGAAAAUCAGAGUAUGGUGUUGCGCCAAAACCCUUGACUGGAGAGGAAGUUUAUCAACGACAACAACAUGUGAAGGUUAUCUUUGGAAAGAAACAAAAGAAGCCUGCUGAAAAAAAUGUAUGGAAAAAGAGGUCGGUGUUCUUUGAUCUUCCAUAUUGGUCAAGUCUUGAUGUAAGACAUUGUAUUGAUUUGAUGCAUGUAGAGAAAAAUGUUUGUGAAAGUCUAAUUGGCACACUUCUUCACAUUAAUGGCAAGACAAAAGAUGGGUUAAGUGCUCGUUUAGAUUUGGCUGAAAUGGGUAUACGACAACAGUUAACUCCACAACAGAUAGGUAACAAGACAUAUUUGCCUCCAGCAUGUCACACUUUGUCUAAGAAAGAGAAGACAAGUUUUUGUGAGUGUUUACAAGGUAUCAAAGUACCGCAAGGUUACUCAUCAAAUAUCAAGAGACUUGUUUCAAUGAAAGAUCUCAAGUUAAUUGGCUUAAAAUCUCAUGACUUUCAUGUUCUGAUGCAGCAAUUACUACCAGUGGCUAUGCGUGGAAUAUUGCCUAUUAAAGUUAAGAAAACUAUAACUAGGCUGUGCUUAUUCUUCAAUGCAAUAUGUAGUAAAGUCAUUGAUCCAUUGAAGUUAGACUAG